CCUAAGAUGAAGGGUGUUGAUAUUCGUGAAAAAGUUCAAAGGAAGUGGAACAUAGGUAUAUCAAGGUCUAUGGCUUAUAGAGCCAAAGCUAUUGCUUCUAAUGAAAUUGAUGGGUCCUUUAAUGAACAAUAUAAGAGGAUAUAUGAUUAUGCGCAUGAGUUGUUGGAAAGAAAUCCAGGAUCUACAGUUAAGGUCCAUGUUGAGAAUAAUGACGGUGAGUUAAUUUUCAAGAGAUUUUACUGUUGUCUGAAGGCAUGCAAAGACAGUUUUGUCUGCUGUAGGCCAAUAAUUGGAUUAGAUGGAGCCUUUUUGAAAGGGAAGUAUGGUGGUGAGCUGUUGACGGCUGUUGGGAGGGAUGGAAAUGAUCAAAUGUUGCCCAUUGCAUAUGCGGUGGUAGAAGUCGAAAACAAAGAUUCAUGGAUGUGGUUUUUGGAACUUUUAAUUGAUGAUCUUGGUGGUGGAGAAGUGUGUUCUUCAAUUACUUUUGUCUCGGACCAACAAAAGGGUCUACUACCAGCCAUACAACAGUUACUCCCAGGUGUUGACCAGAGAUUUUGUGUAAGACACUUAUAUUCAAACUUUAGGAAAAAGUUUCCUGGUAAAAAUCUGAAACAGCUGAUGUGGAGGGCAGCUACUGCCACUCAUCCACAAAACUGGGAAAGGGAGAUGAGAAACAUUAAAGAUAUAAAUGAAGACGCAUUCAAGCAUUUGAUUGCCAUCCCUCCAAGAUAUUGGUCAAGGUCCAGAUUCAGUCCAACACCAAAAUGUGACACAUUGGUCAACAAUAUCAGUGAGGCUUUCAACAGUGUCUUGGUUCACACCAGGACUAAACCAAUCAUAACAAUGCUGGAAGAAAUUAGGGUAUACAUAAUGCAAAGAUGGGCAAAAAACAGGGCUAAGAUACAAUCAUUUUCAGGACCAAUUUGUCCAAAGAUGCAGGCCAGAUUUACAAAGGAAUCCCAAGCAACCAAGAAUUGGAUACCUAGCUGGUCAGCACACAAACUGUUUGAAGUAAGACACGUCUCCCAAAGUGGAGAAAAAUUUGUUGUAAACAUAGACGAGUUCUCAUGCUCCUGCAGGAGAUGGACCAUCACAAGAAUUCCAUGUUGUCACUCCCUUGCCGCAAUGAAGUUUCUUAAUAUUAUGGCCAGCAGUUCAUUCCAGCUUGCUUUCUAAGGUCCAGCGAUCUAGUAGUUGGACGAGCGCUACACAGGGGAAGACGACCACAACGAACGCUCGUCCAGCGAUCUAGUAGUUGGACGAGCGCUACACAGGGGAAGACGACCACACCGAACGCUCUUCAGCACGCACGUAGUUGGACGACCGCUACACAGGGGAAGACGACCACAACGAACGCUCGUCCAGCGAGGACGUAGUUGGACGAGCGCUACACAAGGGAACACGACCAGACCGAACGCUCUUCAGCACGCACGUAGAGGGCGCUCGUAAUUUAGCUAUCAA